AUUUUCCCACACUAAGUGGCAUCACCAACUGUAUAAACCUGUUUCUUGUCUCCCUCCCUGUCUAAAAUUCUCACAAUCUCCUCCCGUUGUCGUCGUGGUCCUCCUCCUCCUCAUUGAUUCUAAGCUGGAUUCGGUCAGCCAUGGCGGUCUUCAGCGUAUUCGUUGGACCGAAUCAGUACCUGUCUUCAUGCCUCGUUCCUCCUCCACCUCCAAAACUGAAUCACAGUUGCAGACAACAGCUCUCUGUUAAGGCAUCUGCUGGUAACUCAGAUGGUGAGGACUGCAAGUUGAUCAGAAAAGAGAAAGAUGGAUGGAAGAUCGAUUACUCCGGCGAAAAACCAGGCACCCCAUUGCUGGACACAGUCAAAUACCCAGCUCACAUGAAGAAUCUCUCCACAGAGGAUCUUGAACAACUUGCAGCAGAGCUGAGAGUAGAUAUCGUUUACAGCGUUUCACAGUCAGGUGGGCAUCUCAGUUCAAGCUUAGGUGUGGUGGAGCUGGCAGUGGCACUCCAUCAUGUGUUCAACACGCCUGACGACAAGAUCAUAUGGGAUGUUGGUCAUCAGGCAUAUCCUCAUAAAAUUCUUACAGGAAGGAGGUCCAAGAUGCACACAGUUAGGAAAACUUCAGGUCUUGCCGGUUUCCCUAAAAGGGAUGAGAGCGUUUAUGAUGCUUUCGGUGCAGGCCACAGUUCUACAAGCAUUUCUGCUGGUUUAGGCAUGGCAGUUGCAAGAGACCUACUUGGGAAGAAUAACAAUAUCAUUUCAGUGAUUGGAGAUGGAGCCAUGACUGCAGGGCAAGCAUACGAAGCCAUGAAUAACGCAGGAUACCUUGAUUCUAACCUGAUCGUCAUAUUGAAUGACAACAAGCAAGUCUCCUUACCCACUGCCACUCUUGAUGGCCCUGCAACUCCCGUUGGAGCCCUCAGCAGCGCUCUAACCAAGCUCCAAGCAAGCACCCAGUUCCGCAAACUUCGCGAGGCUGCAAAAAGCAUUACGAAGAAAAUUGGAGGCCAAACACAUGAAGUUGCAGCAAAAGUAGACGAGUACGCAAGGGGAAUGAUAAGCGCUUCUGGAUCCACUCUCUUUGAGGAGCUUGGGUUAUAUUAUAUCGGUCCAGUGGAUGGACAUAAUGUUGCAGACUUGGUCACCAUUUUCCAAAGAGUGAAAGCCAUGCCGGCGCCCGGGCCAGUUUUAAUCCACAUCAUGACGGAGAAAGGAAAGGGCUAUCCCCCAGCUGAGGCAGCAGCUGACAAAAUGCACGGUGUGGUCAAGUUUGAUCCAAAAACCGGCAAGCAAUUUGAGACCAAAUCCCCUACACUUUCAUAUACUCAGUACUUUGCUGAAUCUCUUAUAAAAGAAGCUGAAAUCGAUGACAAGAUUGUAGCCAUCCAUGCAGCAAUGGGUGGUGGCACUGGUCUAAAUUAUUUCCAGAAGAAGUUUCCAGAUCGUUGCUUCGAUGUGGGAAUCGCCGAGCAACACGCUGUUACAUUUGCAGCUGGUUUAGCUGCCGAAGGUCUGAAGCCGUUCUGCGCUAUCUACUCAUCAUUCCUGCAACGAGGAUAUGAUCAGGUGAUUCACGAUGUAGAUCUUCAAAAACUUCCUGUCCGCUUUGCAAUGGAUCGAGCUGGCUUGGUUGGUGCAGAUGGGCCAACCCAUUGUGGAGCAUUUGAUAUCACAUACAUGGCUUGUUUGCCCAACAUGGUGGUUAUGGCCCCGUCUGAUGAAGCUGAGCUGAUGAACAUGGUCGCCACUGCAGCAGCCAUAGAUGAUAGACCUAGCUGCUUCAGAUUUCCAAGAGGCAAUGGUAUCGGAGCGCUUCUUCCUGUUAAUAACAAAGGAACCCCACUCGAGGUUGGUAAAGGAAGAAUACUGAUGGAAGGCAGUAGAGUUGCGAUUUUGGGAUAUGGUUCCAUAGUUCAACAAUGCGUGGAAGCUGCAAACAAGCUGAAAACCAGGGAAAUACAUGUUACAGUAGCCGAUGCACGAUUUUGCAAACCUCUGGAUACCGAACUAAUCAAGCAAUUGGCUAGGGAGCAUGAGAUCCUUAUUACAGUGGAAGAAGGUUCAAUUGGAGGUUUUGGAUCUCAUGUAUCCCACUUCCUAAGUUUAAGUGGUAUUCUUGAUGGACCGCUCAAGUUGAGAGCAAUGGUACUUCCUGAUACAUACAUUGAUCAUGGAGCACCGCAGGAUCAGCUUGAAGAAGCAGGGCUAUCCUCGAGGCAUAUCUCAGCCACGGUAUUAUCUCUGUUGGGGAGGCCAAAAGAAGCUCUACAGUUCAACUGAGUGCACAAGUGACCUCGAUUUUGUUGCCAUGGAAGCUGUUCAUAAAGCUUUGGCAAUCUGGAUUUAAGAAAAGACGAAUGUCAAAACCAAACUACACAGCUUAUUUGGGGUGCUCAUGUAUUAUGGUACAAGACCCUAUCAAAUUCAUAUCUCAAGAUCAAAGCAUCAUUGAUUUAGGGAUCCGAUAUGAACAAUCAGUGAUCAGUGCUUAUGUUGUUACAAAUUGUAUUACAUUGAAGGACGCAUGGCGCAAAACUUGAAACAAACCAAAAAGAAGAAUUUGUUUUUCCUUGUAGAGAAUGCUCACUCAUGUACCCUA